AAACCCUAUCACUAUCGGUCACACCCCAGAACUCUUAAACCCUAUCACUCACUGCUACAGAUGCAGUACAACAACCACAGCUUAAUAACUUGAUACUAUUACUACAAACACAAGGAGCUCUGCCAUUUCUGUUAUACGAAAUGGCGGGUUCACUGCUCCGCUCACUCUGGUCCUCCACUCGCAGAUCCCUCUCUUCACCUCCUCCGCUCAAACCCCACUCCCUCUUCCUACGCGCCUUCUCCUCUUCUUCCGCCUCCGCCUCCGCCUCAUCCGCCGCCGUAUCCCCAAUCGGCGCACUCGACCCUAGCCGGCUCCGCAACGUGGCCGUGAUAGCGCAUGUCGACCACGGCAAGACCACCCUCAUGGACCGCCUUCUCCGCCAGUGCGGCGCCGAUAUCCCCCACGAACGCGCCAUGGACUCCAUCAGCCUCGAGCGCGAGCGCGGCAUCACUAUCGCCUCAAAGGUUACAUCUAUUUUGUGGAAUGAAAAUGAGCUAAACAUGGUUGAUACUCCUGGACAUGCAGAUUUUGGCGGUGAAGUUGAACGAGUUGUUGGUAUGGUUGAGGGAGCAAUUUUAGUAGUAGAUGCUGGAGAGGGUCCACUUGCUCAGACAAAGUUCGUUCUUGCAAAAGCCUUAAAGUAUGGGUUGCGCCCUAUUCUUCUUUUGAACAAAGUAGACCGACCUGCAGUUUCUGAGGAGAGGUGUAAUGAAGUCGAAAGUCUGGUGUUUGAUCUAUUUGCAAAUCUUGGUGCAACAGAGGAGCAGCUAGACUUUCCAGUUCUUUAUGCUUCUGCUAAAGAAGGAUGGGCUUCUGCUAGUUUCACCAAAGAGCCUCCUGCUGAUGCAAGAAAUAUGUCACAGUUGCUUGAUGCCAUCAUAAAAUAUGUUCCUCCUCCUACAGCUAAUAUUGAUGCACCUUUCCAGAUGCUGGUUUCAAUGAUGGAACGUGACUUCUAUCUUGGAAGAAUAUUAACUGGACGCGUUUCUUCUGGAAUCAUUCGUGUCGGUGACAGAGUCCAUGGACUUCGAAAUAAAGAUUCUGGAGUUGAGAAAAUUGAAGAAGCUAAGGUGGUGAAAUUAAUGAAAAAGAAGGGUACGGCCAUAGUUCCAAUUGAUAGUGCUGGAGCAGGUGAUAUAAUAUCAAUGGCCGGUUUGGCAAGUCCAUCAAUAGGCCAUACAGUGGCAAAUGUGGAGGUUAUGAUGGCAUUGCCCACUGUUGAGUUGGAUCCCCCAACCAUUUCUAUGACUUUUGGAGUCAAUGACUCUCCAUUGGCUGGUCGUGAUGGUACCCAUUUGACUGGAGGGAGGAUUGGUGAUCGGCUAAUGGCUGAAGCAGAAACAAAUCUUGCCAUAAAUGUUCUUCCAGGCUUAUCAGAGUCAUAUGAAGUUCAGGGGAGGGGAGAACUUCAACUGGGUAUCUUAAUUGAGAAUAUGAGGCGUGAAGGAUUUGAACUAUCUGUCUCACCUCCAAAGGUCAUGUAUAAAGCUGAAAAGGGUCAAAAGCUGGAGCCAAUUGAAGAAGUCACUAUUGAGGUAAAUGAUGAGCAUGUGGGGUUAAUAAUGGAAGCCCUAUCUCAUAGGCGAGCUGAGGUUAUUGACAUGGGUCCUGUCCCGGGAAAUUUUGGCAGGACUAGGUUGUCUUUAACCUGUCCUUCCAGGGGUCUUGUUGGUUACAGAAGUGUGUUUAGCAGCGAUACACGUGGAACUGGAUUCAUGCACCGUGCUUUCCUGACCUACGAAAAAUAUCGUGGUCCUCUUGGAAAUGUUCGGAAAGGAGUAUUGGUAUCAAUGGGCUAUGGUACAAUUACAGCUCAUGCACUGAUGAGUUUAGAAGCUCGUGGAACUCUCUUUGUGACUCCUGGGAUGGAGACAUAUGAUGGCAUGAUUGUUGGUGAACAUUCACGGGAUACAGAUCUAGAUAUCAAUCCAAGUAGGGCUAAAGAACUUACUAAUGUGCGUGCUGCUAGCAAGGAUGAGAAUGUGAGGCUAUCACCACCUCGUCUAAUGACUCUUGAAGAAGCCAUUGGCUAUGUAGCUUCUGAUGAGCUUAUUGAGGUAACACCAAAGGCCAUUCGGUUAAGGAAGAAAUACCUGGAUGUUAACAAGCGUAAAACCAUGAGUAAAAGGCCAAAGGAGUGAAGCAUUUUUUCUUGAUACAGUUUUGUAACCUUAUUAUUAUUAUUGAUUGCACCAUGAGCAAGCUAGCAUCUCCUUCCCCCCCAACAUAAGAAUGAGGCGAAGGGUGCGAUAGUGACCAGAUUUAAUGGAUGCAUGUGUAACUUACCAAUCAAUAAGAAGAAAAAAAAAAGAAAAAAAAAGAAAAGAAAAGUAGGGUAGUUUUUGUACUAAAUUCUUUUUGUUUGCCACAGAUUAGGUGAUAUGGAACAUUGAAAUCAUAUUUCAUAAAUGAUGAGCGAGAGUUGAUGUAUUUAUAAGAAUCAA